UUACCUUCUUUCACGUUGUUAAUUUUGUCUAGUUCAUAUCAUCAGUAACACUUACCUACUAGGAGAUUCUUUCUCACAGGUCUCCACUGAUGCUCUGUAAUCUGAGUAAAAGAUAUAUCAAGGCAAAAUUACAAAGCUUUAAUUUUAGCCCGGGUUAAUUAAUGGUUUUGUUGGCGGAAAGAGCGAGUGGUCUGUCUGUGCUGCUCCGGAGGCUCGACUGUCAAAGGCGAUAAAUCAGCUGGUUGUUUAAUGAGUCUCGCAGUGGAGCUCGGUGAUGAAUGUGUGGAAUAAGAAGAGAGACCAAGCUGAACAAUGACGUGCUGUCCGCAGUGUGAGUGUGUGUGUGUGUGUGUGUGUGUGCACGCGCGCUAUUUCUAAUGUCAUUACUAAAAGUAGACAGACGGAGAGCGCAGAAGCAGCAGAGUCUGCAGCAUAUGAACUCCACAAGACUCUCCACUGGAACACAAUGAUAUAGAGUCAAGCACAGUUCGCACUUUUAACAACUUUGGGGAGCAAAUGAUCAUGUCAGAACCUGUACGGAAAAUGUUGCGGGCGAAGCUCGUGGUGCUGGGAAGAGAUAACUGUGGAAAGACAGCUCUGUGUGUCAGAUUUAUCACCAGACGUUUCAUUGGAGAGUAUGAACAUAAAAGGGAGGUCACCUACAGGUGUCAGAAAAUUGUGGACAAGGAGGCGAUUGAGCUGGAGAUCUUAGACACUGUUAAUAAGGAAUGUGUAGGUCCUGCGGCGUCCUCUCUGGAGAGUUCCAUUAAAUGGGGUGAUGGGUUUCUCAUUAUGUACUCUGUGACAGAUCACAGCAGUUUUGAGGCUGUGUCGCGCCUGAAGAGACUGAUUGACCACGUUAAACAAACACUCGGUAUUCCAACAGUCAUCGUUGCCAACAAAUGCGACAUGGAGAAUGGCCGAGUGGUGAGGACAGAUGAGGGACAGGCUUUAGCCUCAGACCUGAGGUGCAGUUUCUUUGAGCUGUCUGUGGCAGAGGACGCUUCAGCGGUGCAGGCCGCGUUUGGGCAGCUGGUGCGUGAAGUGCGGCAGGAGUUUCAGCGCCACCUGCUGGCUAUGGACAAGCGCUCGCGGAUGCUGCAGAUGAGACAUGCGCUCAAAAACAAGCUCACACGGAGUAAAACCAUGCAGUGGUGACCAGAAAGACUAAACGCAUUUCGGAUAUGACUACCAUAGUGCUGUAUUCUGGCGUAACAACCUUUCAGAGAACAACAAGUGCCUUAUGGAUUUCCAAAUAGUGUCGUGGACAUUAUGUGUGUGUGUGUUUAUGACAGACAACAUAAAGCAACAAAAAGCAGUGUGUUUUUAAAGGUGAACUGGCACUGGCUCCCUUAAAACACUCCCUACCAUUGUUUGGACAAACAGGUAGUCUCACCUCAAACUUUUGCAACUGACUGAGCCAGAAGCUGACAUCCCUUACCAAAAAGUAGUAUACUUUAUGUAGUAAGUAUACAGAUAUCAGUGUAUAGUAGUAUAUUCGUAAGUGUACUAUUUCAAUACUCCUUGGAACUAAAUUGGCCUACUUUCUUUAAGUAUAACAGUAGUAAACUUUGAGUACAUAACAAGUUUACAUCAAAGUUUUUAGCUUGUACUGCAACUAUACUAAAAGUGGACUUAUAGGUAUACUGAUAGUUUACUAAUUAAAUACUUUUUUAGUAUACUUUGAAGUAUAGUCUCAGUAAACUACUAGUUUAGUAGUUUUAUACUGCAAGUAUACUCGUAAGCUUUCUUUAUGUGAACUUUACAUCAUACUUUAUACUACUAUGUCUCUAUUAGGUAUUCAUUUGUAUAUAUUUUGUUAUAUGAAUAUCUGAACAUACAAAACAUCAAAAGAAAGAACAGGGUAUCUGCUUGUAAACGAAAACAUUUUAUUCUUGCUUCAUGCAUCCUUUUUUAUAAACACUUGAAUCUGGGUAAGUUUUAUAAAUAAAAAAUAAAGAAAUAAACAAAAUUUUGAACAAAAAGCUGAAAAAAGAAGAUGAAUUGGAUUCAGAAUGAUAAUCAAAACUUGACACCCCAAAGCUUGACAGUCAUUAUUACCUCUUCAUCGGUCGACAUUUUAUUCCAUAACGUUACUCAGUUUUGAUGCUGUUUUAUGUCUGAUGAUCGUGUUAGAUUACAUGUGGAAGCAUCUGUUGUUUAGGUUUCUUCUUCGCUUGUGUUUUUUGGAAAUUCUGUACAGAAGAUGUGUACUAGCGUCCCCUACAAUAUGAAAAAAUUCUCAGAGCACAAGUAUAGCUCAAUUAUAUUUAGACUUUUUCUAAGUAUAAGUCAGGUAUACUUAAAUGUCAUUUUUAAGUAUAUUUCUGAGAAGUACAUAAAGCCCAUUUCUGAGAAGUACAUAAAAAGUAGACUAAAAGUACACUUUGCUAUAUAUUUUAGUUUAAAAGAAGUAUACUAAUAGCUCACUUGAAUAAACUUCUUUUUCGUAAGGGAUGUUGGACCAACAAACAGAACAAAGUUAAGAUUCUACAGUAAGCCAACCUCUCUGUGCAUUAAACCGUUUUACUAUAAAGUAUUUCAACAUUUAAAAUGGAUCCUUUUGACCUCUUGAGAUAAGUAUACCUCUUCUUUUGCAUCAAUUUUACUGUAAAUUAUGUCAUUCCAGUGCAACAUUCAUUCUGUAUUUAAAGUGAAUUUUAUGUGCGAGAAGUCAUAAAUGCUUAUUAGGCACCAAAUUUAUUCUGAUAGACUGAGCUUGUCACUUGUAUGAUUAAGUCAUGCUUAAAAAGGCAGGUGAAGCACCUUGUGGUAGAUGAUCUGUCUUCUGACUUGGUAUGUUGAUGCUCUUUUGAUCCAAUUUCAUUGUCAUGUGCCUCUAUGAGAUUGAAAUGUCACGAGGGAACGGAACCAAUUACAUGGUGUUUUUCUAUUUUACACAGCUGUUUAUAGACUUGCUACAUCCUGGCGUUGUGCACAAUCCAUUCUGUGGAGUAAAAUGUUUCCAAAAUGGGUUACAAGACAGUGUAUCAUAAUGCUAAAUUUGUAUUAUUAAUUGUGCAUGUAUUGUUUAAAUGUUCAUUGGUAAGACUGUGUUAAUAUCCAUUUGCUGCUUCAAUGUAAAACAGAUUUAGAGAGAAAAA